UGACCAAGUCAGUCGCCACCAUGGGGCCUCUGUGGCGGCGCGUUUUUCUGGUCUCUCUGCUGUUACUUGGAUUAUUGUCCGGUGGAGUUUCUGACGACAUAGGUGGAUCUUACUACUGGAACCGCACUCUCAGCCUGUCGGGAAGUCCGUACAACGUUACCGAUGAAAUCAUCGUCGGUGAGGCGGCGACCCUGACGAUCGAGCCGGGGGUUCGGCUGUUGUUCCCGGAGGGAGUCGGCAUGACCGUGUGGGGACGGCUGAUAGCUAUCGGCACCACAGAACAGAGAGUAAUCUUCGACCGGAAGAGGAACCCUCCCGACGACGAAGCAAACAAUGUGACACGUGACCACAGGAUCCGGUUGCUGGGUCCUACCGUGUUUGAGGGACGUGUCCAGGUCAAAUUGGAUGGGAUGUGGGGUUCUCUCUGUCAAUAUAACUGGCGGAGAAGUUGGAGAGGUUCAGAAGCUAAUGUGGUGUGUCGACAACUGGGGUUCGCAACAGGACGAGUGGAGAACAAGUACCGGUUCGGCAAAGGACGCGUGGCUGUGUCCGACCUACAAUGUCUCGGCAAUGAGAGCAGCAUCUAUGAGUGCACCCACCACGAUUUUGACUUGCCACCUCAUUGGUGUCACCAGGGCCAAAACCGCGGAGACCUCGGUGUGGUAUGUGAGGGAUUGAACCAUAGAGAGAACGUCUAUUGGAAGGCAAUAGACAUCCGUACAACCGAUGUAGCUAUGAAGUCCACACUGCAAAACGUGGAUAUCCUCUAUGCCGGAGGAGGAAAUUCAAACGCAGAAAGAGCCGCCAUUUUCAGCGCUUCAGUUCCGCCUCUGCUGCAAAACGUCAGUGUCAGGUACUCUGGAGACGCAGCUAUUAGAGUUAAUAACACAAUGACUUUCUUACAAAUGGAGAAUUGCGAUGUCUCAGAGAAUCAGGGAGUCGGCCUAAUAGUUACAAACCCUUCAGCAGACGUGACCAUUGUCUCCAGCACCUUUAGUAAGAAUUUCCCAGCCGGGAUGCAGGUCACUGCGGGACACACAAAAUCAAGCCUCCAGAUCACUGACAGCACGUUUGAACAGAACAGCGGUGCCGGUCUGAUGCUGUCUGACGUCCCGAUGAACGUGGACAUACGUCAGUCUAACUUCAGUACCAACUCCCAUCACGGUCUCAGUGUGGUCGCCACAACCCAUGUCAGCCUUGUGACUGACAGCUGCCACUUUGAUCAGAACGGUCUGGAUGGUUUUCAUGCCAGAUAUAUCGGGAUGUCGGGCAGCAGAAGUCACACAGUCAUGCGUAACGGCGUUGUGGAAGGUAACGUUGGAAGUGGAUUCAAUCUAGAAAUAGAAUAUCAGACUAUAGCCUCUCCACCAAUCUCCGACCAAAUCAUCAUAGACCAGUCAGACUUCACCUCUAAUAAGAACGGCUCGGUCAAGAUAACUGUUGACAACUCUUACGAAGAUCGCUUUCCGGUCGUUCAACUCACUGGCGGAGUCCAUCGAGACAACAUGGCGACGGUUAUCGAUGUCGGCGGGACGCGUGCGGAAGUUACAAUACAGGACGUCGAGUUUGACUCCAGUCAAUGUGGCAUCCAGCUGGUUUAG